UUUGAUAAAGUCUCUUUGUCACUACCAGAGAAGGGAUUUUUGAAUGUCAAAUAAUAAGUUUUAAACAUGUCGCAAUAUUCACAAUUAGAAAUGAUGAAGAUUGUAGAAAAGAUGAGACAACUGCUUGUCGUAUUCAUUUUCAUAUUAUAUAUUUUUCUCAGAACUUAAUUCUGCAUAAAUAAUUCAUAAGUUUAAUAUCGUAAAAAAGUAUUGAUUAAAAGGAUAUCACUUAUUUGAUGUUCGAUAUGCAGUUUUUAUUCUUUUAUAUGCUACUUUUUGGUUUGCUGAUAAUUAUGAAGGCCUCUUGUUCUACUGUGGGAAUUGAUACUACUCCUGAGUUCCAGGAAAAUGGUGGAAACUCAAAAGGUGCCUAUGAACGACCACGUAAAUUACUUCUCAGUCAACAACGAUCGACAAGUACCGAGCCACUUUGCCUCUAAAAUUGCGAAUUGCCGCCACUCGUUUUACCAAAAUCGUCUGACGAUUAUAUCGUUCCCAAGGAAAUUAUCAUACCUCGUCUCUCAAUUUACGGGGUUCUGCAACAUUUCAAGACUCUCGUUCGUCACACGACUUUGAGAUUUGAGGAUUUUUGUACCACGCUCAUGUCCGAGUAUUGAACGAAACUUUUAAUUAAAAUUUACGUGUUAAUAAGGGCAUUAUUGAGGCAAGAGGACUCGCAACUGAUGCAUUUUGGGCCUCUGAGCAAGAAGGGCUCAGUUUAAAUUUUAGACACGAGGUUCCGAUCAGAUCAAUAUGGGCAGAUAAAGGGGAUGAUGUUGAAUUACCAUGUGAUAUUACUCCUCCAACCUUAGGAGAUACAAUCAGCAUGGUAUUGUGGUUUAAGGAUAAUGACGGUAUUCCCAUUUACAGCAUUGAUGCGAGAAAGGGAAAUUUACGAAAUGCUGUUCACUGGGCCGUUAGUAACGAACUUGGAAGGAAAACAUAUUUUCAAGUUGCUGAUGGUCAUAGAGGUAGAUUAAAAUUGAACAACGUUAAAUUCAUUGACCAAGGGAUAUUUAGAUGCAGAGUUGAUUUCGUAAACUCACCAACUAGAAACUUCAGAAUCAACUUAACUCUUAUUGAAAAUCCCUCGAAACCAGUAAUUUAUGAUGGCGGAGGCGUUGAAGUUAGAGGAAUUAGCGGUCCAUUCCUAGAAGGUUAUAACCUUCUAUUAAUUUGUAAAGUAUUUGGGGGGCGACCUAAACCUUCAGUAACUUGGUGGCAAGACGGUAAGCUUUUAGAUGGUGUAAUGGAUGCUCCAGAAAUUGAACGCUAUUCAACAAAAUUUACAGUAAAUAUGUUAUUUAUUGAUAAAGUUUCAAAAUCAUUAUGGGGAACUAAAUUAGAAUGCAGAGCUCAAUCUGGAGAAAUAGGAAAACCUGUUAUAAAGGAAGUACCGCUAGAUGUAUACUUAAAACCAGCUAUAGUAAAGAUUUUCUUCAGUGAAGAUCCUGUUUUAUCCGGACGUCCAUUUACGGCUAAGUGUCAAACUUGGGGAAGUUCACCGGCAGCAAGAAUUAUUUGGAAACUAGGUGGAUUUGAAAUUGGUGAAACUAAUAUUUUGACUACUCAAAGAAGUAACUCAACAAUUAGCAAAAUUAAUAUACUCCUUAGUAAAGAUGAUGAUGAAAAAGAUCUAACAUGCAGAGCAGAAAAUCCAAGAUUUCCUGGUGGUGUUCUUGAAGAAACAAGAACAGUACAUGUUACACAUAUUCCAGCAGCUACAGUUCACCUAGCAGCGGGUUAUUCAGUGCAUACUCUAAAAGAAGGAGAUGAUCUGAAACUGGCUUGCAAAAUUCAAAGUAAUCCAUUACCAACAAGUAUUGUAUGGUACAAAAACAAUUCAUCACUACAGCAUAACAUCAAUGCAGGCAUUCUUAUUGCAUCUGAUACUUUAACGUUGAGAGUUUUAUCUAUGUCUCAAUUUGGACAAUAUUCUUGUCAGGUGACAAACGCCGUCGGUGUAAUACGUAGUGCACCACUACAAAUCAAGGUGAAAUAUGCACCAAGAUGUAAAAAAGGAUAUGAGAUAUUAAAUAUUACUUCAACACACCUGCAGGCUUCAAAACUUCGUUGUGAAGUAGAAGCUGAUCCUGCAGAUGACAUAAAAUUUGCUUGGACUCACAACAACACAAGAGGGGAUAUUUUGCCAGUAAAAAUUUCUCGCAUUGUAGAUAGAACCAAGACUAUAAGUACCUUAGAAUAUAAGCUGGACACUGACAAAGAUUUUGAAACUCUCGCUUGUUGGGCAAGUAACAGUGUAGGACGACAAAAAUCGCCCUGCAUUUUCAAUAUUGCACGUCCAAAACGUCCGCAACCUCCAAUGAAUUGUACAUUUUAUAAAGACUUCAGUACACUUAUGCUUAAUUGUUUUCCUGGGUCAGACCAAAAUUCGACUCAUCACUUUAUACUCGACGUACGAGAAUCAAUUCUUCAGAGCCAACCUGCACUAUCACGACAAAUGUUACUAACACCUCAAAGAGAUCAAGAGGCACAUGAAACUACACAUUCAAUUUAUAAAGAAAGAAACAUUAUGCCCAUCUUUCAAUUACGCGAUCUAAAAGCAGGACAUGAGUACACAAUAUUCAUUUAUGCUGAAAACGAACAAGGAAAAAGUGAACCAAUUGUGAUGAGAAAUGUUAAAUUAAUCAAUUCAAUUGAUACAAUACUCAGUAGAGAUGUUACAUUUAUAAAAGAUUUAAAAAGUGUUAUGCCGAAAACAAAUUCUGAGAACAACAUAUUUAUUAUUGGAUUAAUUGGUGUUAGUUCUCUUAUUCUGGUCAGCGUUGGUUGGUUCCUCAGUUUGACUAUUUGUAAGAAGAAAAGAAGAGAUCUUACAGACGAAGGACCAGAUGAUUUCACAACACCGACACAUAAGUUUAUUCAAAAUCUGGAACCCAAAAUAAGAUAUAGUUGCGAUAGGAGGAGAACCCAGAGAACCAGUCUUUAUGUAGAAGAAAAUCGGAAUGAUCCCGACCUUCUUCAACAAAUCGAACUCGAUGGUUGAAUAUAAUUUUUAAUAAUCAUUUUCAUCUGAUGUAUGUUAUAAAUAUAAUACUUUUUUAUAUGAUAUAAAUGUAUGUAUAUUUAUUUCAUAAAAUGAAUUUAUUAGUUUAUAUUUAAAAUAGACUUAAAAAUACACCUCUUUUCCGUAUUUUAUAAAUUAACAUUUAGUUCAAAUUUACUUGAUAAAUAUUUUAAAUAAACCAAAACACAAUUGUGACUAGAAAAGUUAUGUUACGAACCGGAAAAUUAUUUAAUAAAAAUUAACAAUUUUGUGGUUAGAUGGAGGCACCACUGAUCUCUAUGUGGGAUUUUUAUUAAUAUAAAUGUUUAUAAGAAGAUCAGAAGGAAUCUCCACAAUUGUGGACAAAUUAAUUGUAUUUAAUAAACAAUAUUUUAUUAAUAAA